AUGGGCCACGCCUUCCAAGAUCCAGCUAAAGGAGCCGAGCCUGAAGGCCACGAUGUCGCGGAGCCAAUCCAGCACCCGGGAGUCUCCACCCUCCAAGACAGGGAGACGAGAGAAAAAGACUUGGAAUCCAUCCCCUCCCAUUCACCUUCCUUGCUGGGUAGUAUAGAAGCUAUUCCCAACACCUCAGAUCCUUCUCACAGCCGGUCAAAAUCCAAAGCCUCAUCAACUCGAUCAAGAGCAUUGACGCUUGUUACGAGAGCAAAGAGAAGAGGGCUGUUAGCCAGAUUGACUCUCGUUCCCGAAGUGGAAAGGCCGUAUGAGUAUAAGAAUAGCACGAAAUGGUUUAUCACUUUCCAGGUUGCUAUAGCUGCGGCUGCGGCACCUAUUGGUAGCGCUAUCAUACUUCCCGCUCUGCCAGAACUAGCGACUGAUCUAGAUACCACGCCCACAAUCACCAAUCUCUCCGUCGCCAUGUACAUGCUCAGCAUGUCCAUCUCUCCCCUGUGGUGGUCCUCAUUCUCCGAGACCCUAGGGCGCCGCUCUAUUUACCUGACCUCCUUCGUGCUUUUCUUCAUCUGGAACAUCGGUGCGGCAGUCAGCACUUCCAUAGGCAUGCUGAUCGUCAUGCGAGUUCUGGGUGGUGGCGCCGCAGCUUCAGUACAAGCUGUAGGCGCUGGGACAAUUGCAGACAUCUGGGAAGUUAGGGAACGAGGUCGAGCCAUGGGGUUCUUCUUUCUGGGGCCCCUUCUUGGUCCAUUGCUGGCACCAAUUAUUGGCGGUGCGCUCUCACAGGCUUGGGGGUGGAGAAGUACGCAGUGGUUUCAGGCGAUAUACGGUGGCAUGCUAGUCAUCAUGCUGACGUUCUGUCUCCCGGAGACAUUGGCGAAGAAACAACCGCUGGUGCUUCCCGAGACGGAUGAAAGAGCAACAAUAAGACCAGAGCUCACACGUGAUUCGACCCGCCAGUCCAUCCACAUGAAGACUAAGAAGGCUGCCGCGGUCUUCAAGCGCUGCAUCAUCGAUCCCUUAAGUGUUAUACUAUAUCUCCGCUUUCCUGCCGUUGCACUUACGGUGUAUCUCGGGAGUAUUACCUUCGGCUCAGUUUACGUCCUCAACAUCUCUAUCCAGCAGACCUUCUCGGAGUCUCCCUACAACUUCUCAGUCAUCAUCCUCGGUCUCUUGUACAUACCAAAUUCUCUCGGUUUUGUCUUGGCGUCUCUUGCAGGCGGUAGAUGGAUGGACUACAUCAUGCAUCGGGAGGCACGAGCAGCCGGCCGCGUCGACGCCGAUGGGAGGCUGGAAUUCCAGCCCGAGGAUCGGAUGAAAGAGAACGCUUGGAUUUCCGCCGUCGUGUUCCCAGGGGCUCUAGUCUGGUACGGGUGGACUGCGGACAAGGGCAUCAUAUGGAUAGUCCCGAUGAUAGCCAACUUCUUCUUUGGCGUGGGGAGCAUGCUUAUCUUCGGUAUAGCGACGACCAUGCUCACUGAAUUCAUGCCCAAGCGCAGUAGUUCGGGCGUCGCCGUGAACAACUUCGUCAGGAACUUCUUGAGCUGCGUUGGAGGUGCCAUUGCUGAACCGAUAAUCAACGCGAUUGGCGAUGGAUGGUUGUUCACGGGUCUCGGAGUUAUCUGCUGGCUGAGCGCUUUUGGGGUGGUGUACUCCAUGAGAAAGUUUGGACCGAAGUGGCGCGUGGCCAUGGAUCAGAAGUUGAAGUGA